CGCAGCAGCACAAACUAAACAACAAGCAAUACGGCAGGGCCAAAUAUGAGGCGCGCAGCCGUGUGGACGAGACAGCUUCAGGUUGGCCGCGUGCUGCGGGAGACGCAGCUGGAGGCGACCAUGGCAUCCAAGCUCAAGAAGGAGUUUAACACAGACCACGUGCAAGUCGUGGACCAGUCAGGCGGGUGCGGGUCUGCGUUCCGCGUCUCGGUUGAGUCCGAGGCGUUCCGAGGCCUGCCGACCAUCAAGCAGCACCGGCUCGUGCAGUCUGCCCUCAAGGAGGAGGUCGCCGGCAUGCACUCCAUCCAAGUCUUCACACGCGCCCCAGAGGACAAGAAAGCCGCAUAACCGCCGUCGCCAUCAAGUUGCCCCAACACUACCACCUCAGCUUAGGAUUCACAGCAGCGGCUGCGUGUGCAUGCAUGCGUGUGUGUGCAUGUGUGUGUGAGGGGGGGGGGGCAUGUGUGUUCAGCACACGCCUUGUUCAGCACACGCCUUGUUCAGC